ACACAAAUGAAAAGCUUGGGGUUCAAUCAAUGGAGACCUUAGUUGACGCGGCGCUCCGAGUUUUAAACACCGCCGACCCCUUCGACAAGGCCCGACUCGGCGACUCGGUUGCCUCACAAUGGCUCAACGGAACCAUCACUCUCCCUUACAACCCAACCCUGGACCUCCCUGUACCGGACCGCCCCGCCAGGCUCACCCAAGUGAAGCUGGUGAAGCCGGGUCAGAUGCCGAAGCUGGGCCGAGGCGGUAGCUUGCAGAGCAGGCAAGCAAUGGUUCAUAGCUUGGCGCACACGGAGAGUUGGGCGAUUGACUUGUCUUGGGACAUAAUUGCGAGGUUUGGUAAGCAAGAGGCAAUGCCUGUGGAGUUUUUCACUGAUUUUGUGAAGGUGGCUCAGGACGAAGGGAGACAUUUCAGUCUCUUGGCUUCGAGGCUGGAAGAGAUGGGAUCGUUUUAUGGGGCUUUGCCGGCGCAUGACGGGUUAUGGGACUCGGCGACUGCUACUUCGGAUGACUUACUGGCGCGGUUGGCGGUGGAGCAUUGUGUCCAUGAGGCGAGAGGAAUGGAUGUGCUGCCCACGACCAUUGCGAGGUUUCGCAAUGGGGGUGAUGAGAAGACGGCUGGGCUGCUGGAGAGCGUGGUGUACCCUGAAGAAAUCACGCAUUGUGCUGCGGGAGUGAAAUGGUUUAAGUAUGUUUUCCUGAGGUCGAUGGGAAAAGGUUUGGAUGGAAAUGAGGAAGAUGCAGUGAUUGAGAAGUUCCAUGAAGUUGUGAGGAAGCAUUUUAGGGGGCCUUUGAAGCCUCCUUUCAACGAAGAAGCGAGGAAAGCUGCUGGAUUUGGUCCUCAAUGGUAUGAACCUCUUGCUGUCAAAGAGAGCAAGACUACUACUACUACUACUAUAGCAUUUUGAGUGCAUAAACAUGACAAUAUUUCAUUAGGAAUCAGAUUCUUCCCAUAAAAAAUGGAAUGCCCAUUUUUCUGUUUUCGUUUUCGAGUGGCUGGAUUGUUUGCACUGGUUAAGAAGAGAAGUUUCUUUUUAAUAAAAUGCUAGAGAAAUUGUUGAAGA